AUGGGCAUCAUGACGGGCGCAUCAUGGGGCUUCAGCCAGAGCUUGGUGCGCCUGCUGGCCCCGCGCCUGGUGCCUGGCUCAGCACUGCUGGUGGCGCCAUGCUCGGUGGAGGGCGAGCUGCGCGGCACCUGCAUGGCACUCCAUGUGCGCGGCGUGCCCGCUGACCUGGCCUUGGACAGUGGGCCGCAGAGUGUGGUACACGCCGCCUGGAAGCUCCGUGUGGACGGGCCGAUGGAGCAGCUGCUGCUCAUCAACAACACCAGUGAGCGGGCAGCGCCAAGAUGCGCUCCUGAGCACAUGCAGAGUGCGUUCCUCCUCCAGGUCUGGAG